CUCACCCCUCAUGUCUUUCGGUUGCAUUCAAGAUGGCGGCUGUAACACGCGCAUUUCCCCGCUUGCCAGUUGUUGUUAUUCUAGGGUGUACCGGGACAGGAAAAUCCAAACUAGCCAUCGAAAUAGGUAAGCGUAUAGGCGGGGAGAUAAUAAGCGCCGAUUCAAUGCAAGUUUAUAAAGGAUUAGACAUAAUUACCAAUAAAGUCACCACAGAAGAAAUGCGAGAAUGCAAGCACCACAUGAUCGACUUCGUUUCUCCUCUGAAUGAAUUCUCAGUGGUGGAUUUUCGAAACAUGGCGUUACCUUUGAUUGAGGAGAUUAAAGGGAGAGGAAAAAUUCCGAUUGUUGUAGGUGGCACAAAUUACUACAUUGAAUCAUUAUUGUGGGAGAUUUUGAUUGACAAUGACAAUAAGCCACCAGAGAAUAGUGAUGUUGAUGAUGAUGGAGUGACUGAUAUCAAGAGAAGGAAAGAGAUGGAGACAGAGACAAAAAUUAAUCAAAAGUUUGUAAAUACAAAGAAGGAAGAUAUAAAAGAAAAUAACAAAAAUUAUAAGAAAGAAUUUAACAACGUUGAACUUCACAAGGAGCUCCAAAUAGUUGAUCCUGUAAUGGCUAGGCGCAUUCACCCAAACGAUACUAGAAAGAUUGCAAGAAGCCUGCAAGUCUUUGAGCAACAUGGAAGGCCUCAUAGUGAACUCCUAGCUGAGCAGCAAUCCAAAGAUGGUGGAAGUGCAUAUGGGGGCCCUUUAAGAUUUGACUUAACAUGCGUGUUCUGGCUUCACUGUGAGAAGGAAAUACUUAACAAGAGACUGGACAGUAGGGUUGAUGCAAUGCUUGACAAAGGGCUAGUGCAAGAGCUCUUAGAAUUCCAUGGUUCUUACAACAAACUUCGUCAAGAUGAUAACUCCAGGUAUUCAGAGGGGAUUUUUCAGUCAAUAGGGUUUAAAGAAUUUCACAAUUUUUUAGUUCAGCAACAAAAAGGGGACACAGUGAACUCCUUAAUAAAAGAGGAAGACAAAAAAGUAUUUGAUGAGUGUGUUGAGGCAAUGAAGGCAGUGACAAGAAGGUACGCCAAAAAACAAACAAUGUGGGUGAAAAAUCGAUUCCUUAGUAGGCCCAUAGGAUCGUCACCCAAUGUGUAUGAGCUGGAUGCUACAGAUCUUAGUUCUUGGGAAAGUAAUGUCCUUGACAGGGGACUAGGGAUAUUAGAAAACUUGUUACAAGACAAGCAGCCUAGUGUAGACCCGAUUGCUAGGAUAAUAAGAGAUCAGCAAUCAACUCAUGUGCAACACACUUGUGAGGUCUGUGAUAACAGGGUUAUUAUUGGUGAUAAAAACUGGGCCAGUCAUUUGGUUUCCAAGUCACACAAGUGGCAUUUAAAAAAGCAAAUGAAGAAGAGUGAUAAAAAGGAAACUGAAAAAGAGUUAAGAUAGCUUUGUCCUUUUUUGCAAGUACACAAUUGCAAGGGCAUUUGUCAAGGAGGUUUUACAGGUAUGAAUGUUUUCAAUAUCUAAAAUCUGCUGGUUUUCAAAUAAGACUUGGCAGACAGGUGGUGUGCCUGCAAUGGUCUUCCUAAAUGAAUAGACUUAAUAAAAAUAUGAAAAAUUAAAUUUUUAUUAAUGAAAACCCCAGCUUCCAUGUUGAUGUAAUUGUUAAUUUGUCAUUUUUUUAUAAACUUAGAAAUGCAUGUUGCUGUUACAUUUUUGUAUGUCAUCCAAGCAAUUUGCAAAAAGUUACUUUACACCAAAGAAUUGUUCACUUAUAAAUUAAAACCUCAAAAUGCAUUUUCAACAAUGUACAUGCAAUAAAUCAAUAUUCAAUUGUUA